AUGGACUUCGCCAGCCGCCUUUCUGCAGUCCAAGCUGAACUGGCCGAGGUCCGCGCAGUGAAAGAUGGCGGGAAUUACCUGGGCAUCUCUGGCAGUGAUCUCGCAAGCUACGCCGAGGAGCUUCAGGAGAAGGAGCAGCUCCUACACCAGAUCACCAGCGCGCAGGCCGGGCCGAUAAGGCAACCUCCGAAAGGUCCUGCCAGCACCUUUGACCGCUGCCAACUGCCCAGUGUAGUCCAGCACCUUGUGGACUAUGAGGCGGUACCUUAUGAGGCAACCAAAGCACUCCGGGCCUUGGCUUCAUUGGCCUACAACGAGCCCUUGGAAGUUGUGAGGAGCCCACGCUGCGUGGAGCAGAUGCUGCGUGUUCUUCGGCUCCACCGGGACCGCGACACCCUCCAGGUCAUGGCCCUGCGCUGUUUUUGCCACCUCUGCUUCUCCGCGGAGGCGGUUCGGGCACUCCCAAGUGAGGUUUUGCCAGCAUUGCUGGAACAAGCCACGGAAGAGACCUCCAAGUUGGCUCAUGAAGCCAUGGCCCGUAUCCUCGUGGCCGAAGCUGAGAGGGCCGAUGCCAACACUCCCCGACUCUCCCCCGAGCUUUUCCGGCUGCAGGCGAAGCUGUAUGGGCAGCUUAUUUCGCUUGAGGGACCAGGGCGCACGCCCUUCAAGGACAUGCUCCUCCGACUAGCUGGAGAGCUCGUGCAGGCCAAGUACAUUGCCUCUCAGUUCCUUGCAGCAGCACCAGUCACGGAAAAUGCAGAAGAAAUGGCCCUGGGCUGGCUGGCAAUGCUUCAGCAGCUGCUUGCAACGGAUGGUGAACUGUCCGAAGCCUUGGUUGUUCCAGGCAUUGCCAUGGCGGCCACUUCUGUCAUGGACAUGCACGGAGCGGCGCUCAGCGUGCAGUCACAGGGUAUCGCUGCAUUGGCAGGGUUGGCGCGCAGGCGUCGUGGACCCAUGGCGAUCGCAGAGGCCAGCGGCGUGAGGCGUGCUGAGACAGCACUGGGCAUGCACGAGGAUGCUUCCCUGCAGAUGAGCUGUAUCUCCUUCUUGGUGUCAGUGCUAGACUGGCCCCUUCCAGCUCAGAAGCUCUGCGACGUGGACUUCGCUCGCGUUGUGAUGCUGACGAAGGAAGCCAUGCGACGGCAUGUGGAGGCCACUGCUCUGCAGGUCCUGGCACUCUCCAGCUUGGCCCGUUUGUUGGAGGUUUUGGUUUGUCGUGACGAGGUCAAGGCCAGUGGCGGUGAGGGCCUGAUCAAAACAAUCUUGGCGCACCACAAAGACAACGAACAGGUCUGGACUUGGGGACGAAUAGUGCUGGACAGCUUAGGUGCAGAUAGACACUGGACCUACCGCAACUGA